CCACUCCACCACCACCAUCUCCAUCCUGUCUCAAAGACGCGUCCCUUCUUUUCGUUCGGUUUUUCACCCCAAACCAAAGUUAAUAUUUUAAUUAAUAAUUUCCCGCUGCUAUUCUCAAACUCCACAGUCUACUGUAAAACUUCCAUACUAGCAUUUUUCACACAAAAAUCAAAACUCAACAAAAUCCACUCACUGCAGAAAAAAUAAGAAUCCUGGUGAACAGUAGCAGAUUUUUGGUUAUUUUAUUUUGAAAUGUUGAUGCAGAGAUGAGAUUGGAGAUGAAGUAGAAUGUGGCGGUGAAGUGGUUGAAAUCGUAGAAUGUGGCGGGUGAAGUGGUUGAACUGAAAUGGUAGAACAUGGCGGUGAAGUGGUUGAAAUGGUAGAAGGUGGCGGGGAAAUGGUUCAAAUGGCUCAUUCUGGCUGUUCCAAAUAUAGAUAUCCGGAGAAAGAUUUGAUUGAUUUGGUGUUCUCCUGGACUCUCGAGGAUAUAUCCAAUGAAGAGUUAUAUAAAGACCAGGUGGAAAAGAUCCCUGAAUGUUUCCAGUCAGCGGAGUAUUACCUUGGUUCUUACACUUUACCAUUAAUUGAGGAAACUUGUUCUGAGUUGUUUUCAAGUAUGGAGGUGUUACAUGAUGCACCAUUCGCUGAAGUAAUCUCAGUAAAGGAGUCUGUGUCACAUGGUUCAUUUCUGUAUGAGCUUCAAUUUGAUUCUUGGAGGAACAUAAAUAGUGAUAGUGGCAAAGAGGCAUACUCUCCCAAAUGCGGUGACCUUUUUGUUUUGUCUAAUGUGGUGCCUGAAAUUGCUUCGGAUUUGGAACAGUGUGUAAGGACAUGUACUUUUGCUUUGGUCAUGAAAGAUAUGAAGGAGUCCAAUGCUACAGAAAAUGAUAAAUUAUCAAGUUAUUUAAAGUUUCGGACAUCAAAGUUGGUUGAGGCUAAAGAUGGUAUGCGAAACUCCGUUUUUGCUGUGUUUCUGGUUAAUAUGACUACAAAAAUUAGAAUAUGGAAAGCACUACACAUGUCUGGAAACUUACAGAUCAUUAAGGAAGUUUUGCGCCCCAAUUCGACGGUUGAAGAAAUCUGUCAUUUUUGUUCUUUACAAGAUGAUAACGCCUGGGAUGAACAACUUGGCCGCAGAUUAUCAUUAGUCCUCGAUGAGUCCCAAGCAAUUGCAGUGCGUAGUUCUGUUUCGGUAGCACAGUGCAAUCAUAAGUCUUCUGUUAAACUUAUUUGGGGUCCACCCGGGACUGGUAAAACUAAAACUCUGAGUAUCUUGUUGUACACCCUCUUAAGUAAGAGCUGUAGAACACUUGCAUGUGCUCCAACAAAUGUUGCAGUUAAGGAAGUGGCGUCGCGCGUCCUAAAGCUUGUUGAAAAUCCUCACCACAUGGAUCCAGAACAGGAUGGGUUGUUAUGUUCACUGGGAGAUUUGCUCUUAUUUGGGAAUAGGAAUCGCUUGGAAAUUUUUGAUGAUCUUGAGGAGAUUUUUUGGAUUAUCGUGUGGACAGGCUUGUGGAAUGUUUUGCGCCGCCCAACAGUUGGAAGAAAUGCUUUACAUCCAUGAUAAAAUUCCUUGAAGACUGUGUUGCUGAAUAUCG